CCUGAGUUUAAGACAAAAUGAUGAAGAGAUGUCUGAUUGCAUUGUAAUGAAAACAUGUCAAAAAGAAGUUCGUUGAGCAGGCAGGAAAGUUUGUCGAAAAUUAAAAAAAAGGAUGCAUCGACUGGAGGGGAAGGUGACAUAAAAACAUCGAACGUCAUUAAAUUUCAAUUCAAGAAUCAAAAUUUCCAGCAUUCCGGUGAUGUCCGAUCUGGAAAGAAGAAAAGUUGGAAGGGUUUGAGACAGGUCGCGCUUUCAGAGAAAACACACAGUUCACCAGAUGGUCCAACAUAUCUUCGCAUCGAUUCUCCUCCCCCUCUAAAACCUGCUAAAAAGUAUUCCGACAUAACCGGACAGUUGGCUAAAUACACAGACCCUGAGACUGGUUUGUAUUAUGCAUCUGCGGAGGAGUACAAACAAAUCAAACGUCUUCCACCUGAUGUCGUGCAAGGAUAUUUAGCUCUGCGUAAUGUAAAUCAACGAAUGUGACAACAGUAGAAAAUCAUAUUUAUUAUUGCAACAAAGGUGACAGUUUCCAAAUCCUACAAUCUCUUGUGUAAGCGUUUAUAAUGUACAAAACAGUUAUUGAUACCAAACUUUAGUGUGACAGCUAACUUGGAAAGGACUCUUCAAGUGAAGGGAAAGAAACGCAUACCUACAAAAUUUUUGAAAAAUAAAAUGUUUUGGAAACGCCCUACCAGUUUUCUUAGCCUACUGUUAUCUCGUUGUCCAUCAUAACGUUAAAGAUUUUUGUCACCAAAAACAUAUGAUCAAAUAGAUGUCGGCUCUGUAACGGUUAUGUUUCUUUUUUUUAUUAGUUGUUGUGGCUAUAAACUUCUGGAUACUUUUUUUAUCUUUUUAUCGAUUAUAAAGCCAUAUCUCAUUGAGUUUCUCUUGUGCAUAUUUCGGCCAAAUUAAGGGUGACUAUCCCAAAAGUAUUAGACAUCACGGUAAAAAUUUUUUUUAAAAAAAAGUGACAUCGGCGCACCUUGCUAAGGUGGUGAUUAUUAUUAUUAUUAUUAUUAUUAUUAUUAUUAUUAUUAUUAUUAUUAUUAUUAUUAUUAUUAUUAUUAUUAUUAUUAUUUUGCCCAGGAUAGCCUUUUUAGUUACUACUUACUUACUGCUGCUACUUACUUACUACUUAGUUACUGCUUAGUUACUGCUUAGUUACUGCUAUCACUGAGGGUGCUGCAAAGGGGGUUCUAGCGCAUUUAAAGCUUAAUUAGACAAUCACCUUAAAUAACAAUCCUUUUAAAUAACAAUCCUAUUCUUCUCAAGAUGAACGCUAAAGCAGGAAGAAUUGAUUCACUCUUUGCAGUCUCUGGUAUGACUCGACGAGGAUUGAACCCACCCACCAACCCACAGUGGACCAUCUUUUAACAUGCUGCCCUGCCAAUUAACGGGCUAGGACCAGCAUUCAUCAAAAGCUUAGAAUUAACGUAAACUAACUCCAAAAAAGUAGAAAAACUGCACUGCUGAAAGUUUCUAUAGUGUAUUUUUAACUGGCAGACAUAAACUAAGUCAUGCAUUUCAAGUUAAUUGUGAGUAUCAAAAUGCAGGUACUUGGCUAUAAACAAUUGCCAACUCUUGCAGCAAGACCAACUCUAUCAUCUGCGCCCAGAGUUCUCAUAUGAUUAAAAUAGUCGGCAUAUCUUUUUUCUUUACAACUUUCACGGUUUAAUACAUGGGCACGCUUUCGACACUAUACACAACUGUAGCUUUAUCGAUUAUUUCUUGGGCAAAGUGGCCACGAAACGCUAGCUGAGCCGACUUUCCUCUACCGGACCAGAAUAGAGCAAAGUGAGUAUAUCAAAUUUCCUUACUUUUUCCCGCUUUCUGUAUUUUCUGAAGUAUUAACAAGUUUUUUUUUGUCUGUUUAUUUUUGUAUCGUAUAUAGCUAAAGCUAACUGUUCGUAGGUAAGCCAGUCUUCUCCAUUUUUGUUGUCCAUGAUGUAUAUAGUGAAUGUUACAUUCUGGUUGGCGGAUUGAUUCUGACUGUUUAGCUUUGUCAGAUUUAUUCUAACCAAAAAUUGUCUGAUUGAUACUGACCACAAAGUCUUGUCAGAUAGCUACGUACUUAGACACUAGAUAGUUAGCUAAUCCUUUUCAAAAUUUAAAACGAAACGUUCACCUUAAUAAUUAACACCUUAGCUAUUCCAAAAUCACAUUAAUAGAGUUAUCUUAAGAAAGCACAAGUUAUCUUAAGAAAGCACAAGUUAUCUUAAGAAAGCACAAGUUAUCUUAAGGAAGCACAAGUUAUCUUAAGAAAGCACAAGUUAUCUUAAGGAAGCACAAGUUAUCUUAAGAAAGCACAAGUUAUCUUAAGAAAGCACAAGUUAUCUUAAGAAAGCACAAGUUAUCUUAAGGAAGCACAAGUUAUCUUAAGAAAGCACAAGUUAUCUUAAGGAAGCACAAGUUAUCUUAAGAAAGCACAAGUUAUAUUAGGAUAACUGUAUUAAUGUGAUUUUGGAGUGCCAUAGACUUCAAUCCUGGUUUCUUUCCGAUUCAAUAUGUGUAUCGAAAAGGACCGAGGAAUCGUUGAUGAUGCUGAUGAUAAUGAUUGUAAUGAUUAUCAUAAUCAUGAUCCUCCCUAAAUCCUGGAUCCGCCCCUGAAGUUUCUCACGAAAAUUAGUUCUUGCCAUAAUUAAUUCCCUUAAGGUACACACAGCCAGCUAUGGAAUUAUUUCAACUUGACCUAUUGCGAAAAUGGAGGGGAUGAAUCGCUUUGGCUGAUCUGGGCCAUGACUGAAAUAUUUUGGCCUGUUGAUUUAUGUAGUGAUUUAUAUUUCAUUUUGCCAUGUGGGUCAUUAAUUUCGAGUGAUAGGCCCUGUCAAUUGUUUCCAAGAGGGACCACAUAGGCGGUUCGGAGUGUUAAAAGCUCCCAUUUGAGAUCACACCUUUGCAAUUUCUGCCCAACUAGAAAAUAUUCUUACGUGUGAAUCAAACCCACGACCUCUUUGGUAUGAGUUGAAUGCACUAUUGACUGAGCUACCGUACUCAUUUAUCAAUUUUAUUUGUUAAUUUAUGUCUGUGUAAUAUUCAAUUUAUAAAAAAACAUGGAUUUUAUUUGUAAUGAUCACUAGUUUAAUUAGUGAGGAGACGUGCUAGGCUAAUACAUCCUUGUACGGACAAUGACUUUUUUCCAAAAAAUAAACUUUGAUUUCAACUAA